AUGCUUAAGAGAGUAGUGGCCUCUCAGCUGCAAGUGUUCUCAAAUGUAACUGAAUACCUGGAUCCAUUCCUGUGCAGGUUCAUGCCCAGUUUUGGGAUGGAAUUGGCCUUGGUUGCCCUGAUGGAUAACCUUCUUCAAGAGAAGGGCAGGAAGAGUGUGACCCUGUUACUCCUUGAUAUCGCAGCAGCUUUCUAUACUAUUGAUGACAGUAUCCUCUUUGAUCGACUCUGUGAGUUGGGAGUUGGAGGCACUGUUUUCCAGUUGUUUGUCUCUUACUUGAUGCAGACCAAGAAAGAAAAUAUUCUGCAAAACAGCACGGUACCAGAUAAUUUUAUCCUCCUGGGUCUUUCCGAUGACCCCAAACUACAAAGUUUAUUAUUUGCUGCUUUUCUGGUGAUCUAUAUUCUCACUCUGGCUGGGAAUCUUCUCAUCAUUCUCCUUACACUGACUGACUCUUCUCUUUGCACACCAAUGUAUUUCUUCCUAAGAAAUCUGUCCUUCCUGGAGAUCUGUUAUACCUCAAUCAAUGUCCCUAAGAUGCUUAACAACAUCCUUUCUGGUAGUAAAUCCAUCUCCUUUAUUGGCUGUGCCCUGCAGACCUAUUUUACAUUCUUCCUGGGUGGGUCAGAGUGUUUGCUCUUGGCCUCAAUGGCCUAUGACCGCUAUGUUGCCAUUUGUAAGCCUCUGCACUACCCUGUCAUGAUGAGCCGAAAAGUGUACACAAGUCUAGCUGUGGCAUCUUGGUUAAGUGGGUUUUUUAUGUCCUUUGGCCAUACUGGCAUGGUGUUUACUCUGCCCUUUUGUGACUCCAAUGUGAUCAACCAUUUCUUUUGUGACAUCCCUCCGUUAUUGAAAUUGGCUUGUGGGGAUACGUCGAGGACUGAAAUUGCUGUCUUUACUGUGGCCAUGGUUUUUGUGACUUUUCCUUUUAUCCUGAUCUUGAUGUCUUAUGCCGGCAUCAUUGCUGCCAUUUUGAAAAUCUCCUCCUCUGAAGGCCAGAAGAAGACCUUCUCCACCUGCUCUUCACACCUUAUUGUGGUGACCUUAGUCUUUGGUUCUGGUUGCAUAAUGUAUUUAAAGCCUAAUUCUACUUAUUUUCCAAACACAGAUAAAUAUCUCUCUCUGUUUUACACGGUUGUUGGUCCCAUUUUAAACCCUGUGAUAUACAGCUUGCGGAAUAAAGAGGUGAAACUUGCCCUCUCGCGGAUUAUGUCUGGAAAAGGGCGACGGCGCUAUAAUGAAGUGGCUGACACUGUCAAACUUUGA